AUGGCGGAGGAGAAGGGCGCCGCGCCGGGGGGCGCCUUGGAGAGCGGCUGCCUCGCCGCCCAGCCCCGGACGAGGGAUGGGGCACGGCGCUGCAAGGUGCCUCCGCUGCUGGCGUCGGGGCUGCCCGGCGUCUCUUUCCUCUCCCUGGUGCUGAGCCUGCUGCUCUACUUCCGGACGGCGGACCUGCAAGCCCGGGUGGCGCAUUUGGAGGCGGACGGAUCCACGUCGCUCCCUGCUUGGCUCUCCGCAGACCAAAUGGAGACGGCUAUUUUGGGAAGGGUGGACCAACUGCUGGCUGAGAGAUUAAAAUUCAGCUUGCCAAGACAUCGGGAAACUAGAGACGUCCGCCAGCGAUGCAACUGUCCACCAGGCCCCCCUGGUCCCAGUGGAAGACCUGGUCUGCCGGGACUAAAGGGGCAACAUGGAGAGAAGGGAGCCCCAGGAGAAGCCGGCAUGUCUAUCAUUGGUCCCCGUGGUCCUCCGGGACAGCCUGGAACAAGAGGGUUUCCUGGGUUUCCAGGCCCAAUUGGUUUAGAUGGCAAACCAGGACAUCCUGGACCGAAGGGAGAAAUGGGCACACCUGGUCCCAAAGGGCAGCCAGGUCCUCCUGGGCAAAAAGGAGAAAAGGGUCAGUGUGGAGAUUAUCCUCACAGGGAGCACCUCAGUACCACACUUGCAGCUCUGCGUUCUAAUCAGAUCCUUACAUUGAAGGGAGAACAAGGACAGGCAGGGAUCCAAGGGCCCCCGGGGCCACCUGGGCCUCCAGGCCUUCCAGGAACUCCAGGACAACCUGGCCCAACUGGACCACCUGGGAAAGUCGGAGAACCAGGGAAGCCAGGCAAGGAUGGAAAGGGAGAACCCGGAGUUCCAGGAUACCAUGGAAGAAAGGGCGAGGUGGGUGAAACUGGCUUAGCUGGUGCCCCUGGUGUUCCUGGACCUACUGGCCCAAAGGGUGGAAAGGGAGAACCUGGUAUGAAGGGUGAACCAGGGAUCCCAGGAGCAAAGGGAGAACAUGGAGUUGCGGGGAAGAUGGGCCCCCCAGGUUUCCCAGGGAAAAGGGGGCAUAGGGGAGAAAAAGGAGACUCUGGCAAUGCUCUUGGAGGAGGUAAAGGGGAACCUGGACCACCAGGAUUACCUGGAUCUCCUGGACCAAAGGGCUCCAAAGGGGAACCAGGAAAGAAUGAAAUAGUGGAUUACAAUGGCAGUAUCAAUAAGGCCUUACAGGAAAUACAAAACUUGGCCCUCAUGGGUCCUCCUGGACUGCCAGGUCCUCCAGGUCCAUUGGGACCACCUGGACAAAAGGGAGAAGUUGGCCUGACAGGUCCUCCAGGACACAAUGGUGAAAAAGGUCUUGAUGGUGCAACUGGAGAAAAAGGUGAUCAAGGGAUGCCAGGACCCCCAGGACUAACAGGUCCAAUUGGACUUCCAGGUUUAACAGGGGAGAAGGGAGAACCUGGAGCAAAAGGAGACACUGGGGAAUCAAUAACUGGGCCACCAGGUCCACAAGGCCCACCAGGACCAUCAGGUCCUCAUGGUCUUCCAGGACCUAAGGGAAAUGCAGGCAUUGAUGGAACAAAAGGCGAAAAAGGUGCCCCUGGUGAAAAAGGAGACCGAGGUCCCCUGGGAUUGCCUGGUGCUUCAGGUUUAGACGGCAGGCCUGGCCCACCGGGCACUCCAGGACCAAUUGGUGUUCCAGGACCAGCAGGACCAAAAGGAGAGAGGGGCAGUAAAGGAGACCCUGGAAUUCCAGGAUCAAUGGGACCAGCAGGACUUUCUGGAUUACCAGGCUCACCAGGGGAAAAAGGAAGCCGGGUCUACCUUUGUCCCCCUUAUCCCUUCCUGCUCUUCUGCCUUUUCUCCUGGGUCCUUCCUCCUCUUCCUGCUGCAACCCAUUCUGCAUUUUCUCCUGGAUUAUCCUUCCUCUAUGCCAACGUUUGAUCCUGGGUGACCUCUCCUCUCCCAUCCAUUUAUCCUGCCACCUUAAUUUUACCAAAAACCCAUUUAUUUUCCUUUUUUUAAAAAACAAAUAGACUUUAAGAGACCUCUUCUGCCUAAUGUUUUCCACUUGCACCAUCUAAUCCUUAUACCAAUUACUAAAUAAAAUUUCCUCUCCAACA